AUGUCGGGCAUCAUUAACAAGGUCAAGGAGGCCGUCACUCACGACAAGCCUUCGCACUCUACCAAUGCUGGACCUCAUGAUUCGAACGUGGCUAACAAGAUGGACCCCCGCGUCGACAGCGACCGUGACGGGCGCCCUGCCUACGGUAAUACCGCUGGUAGCACCACUGGAACUACUCCAGGAAAUGCAUACGGCACAACAACCGGAACAAACACUGGACACCGUAACACCGGAAACACUUCUGGCACGACCGGAAUGAACACAGGAUAUCCUGCUACAGGAGACACUUACGGCACCACCACUGGUUCCACCAAUGCCGGCCCUCACAACACGAAUGUGGGAAAGAAAGUUGAUCCGCGUGUUGAUAGUGACCUAGACAGUCGCGCUGCUCGUGGCCACGGAAAUACCGGAUAUGCUACAACUGGCGCAUACGGUAGUGGUUCUGCGAACAAUGGCCCCCACAACUCCACGAUGAUCAACAAGCUUGAUCCUCGUGUUGACAGUGAUCGCAGCAACGCCUUUGGCAGAGACGAUACUACAACGAAGAGCUUCGAGCAGUCUCAGACUCAAGGCACUGCAACUUCCGGCACUGGACGUGGCGUUGGUUCAACUAAUCAAGGACCUCACAACUCUAACAUGAUGAACAAGUUGGAUCCUCGCGUCGAUAGUGACCGAGACCACCGUGCUGCUCCAGGGGGAAUAACUGGUCAGAGUCACCCUGCCGGCACCACAGGCACCACAGGAACUGCCGUGGGAGCUGGCGGUAUGGGAACUGGCACCGGUACUACUACCACUGCUGGCCCCCACAACUCUAACGUCGCCAACGAGAUGGAUCCCCGAGUCGACAGUGACCGUUCAAACUACGGCACCUCUAGUGGCCUAGCUGCCGGCACUGGCACUCGUACUGGCACCGGUCACCACUACAACACUCGAAGCACCAACGCUGGACCCCAUGACACCAACGUGGGCAACAAGAUUGAUCCUCGUGUUGACUCUGAUAUGGACAACCGUGCCCGCUACCAGCAGACGGGAAAUACUACUACCGCCUCUGCUGCACCUGCAGGAAGCAGCUAUGCCACCCCGGGCAACGGACAGGCCUACAGCACCUCUGAUGGUUCUCACAAGUCCAAUGUUCUGAACAAGCUUGACCCCAGCGUCAACUCCAACGCAGAUCGCAGCUUCACUGCCGGAAAUGCCCAACGAUAG